CAGUGUACCGGUUCGGUCCAUUAAUAUCUGAAUUGGCUCAUGGAGAGCUGAAGCGUCGUCGUUUGGAGGAUUCGAACAAGAAAGGUAUACAAUACAGAGUGGUCGUCUUGCUCUCUCUUGUUAUUUCCGCUGUCGUCUGCGUCCGCCAUGUUUAGUCAAUCCUCCGCCCAGCUUGUGCGACCUAACCUCGUCGGGUUUACGCUUUCUCCUCCUGGAAAAGCAUCGAUCGCUUCUUCUUCGCUUCCCCGAUUUUUAAGGAUGGAAUCCCAAUCUCAGCCUCUCCAAUCUAUCUCCUGCGCUUCUUCACCAAGCAAUAACCUCUCUCAGGCUACUCCUUCUUCUUCCCUAAUCGAAUCAGCUCGAAUAGGAGAAGUGAAGAGAGUGACAAAGGAGACUAAUGUGUCAGUGAAGAUAAACUUGGAUGGCACUGGAGUUGCUGAUAGUUCCACUGGAAUCCCUUUCCUUGACCAUAUGUUAGAUCAACUUGCUUCACAUGGCUUGUUUGAUGUGCACGUAAGAGCUACUGGUGAUGUUCACAUCGAUGACCAUCACUCUAACGAAGAUAUAGCUCUUGCCAUUGGAACUGCUUUGUUAAAGGCACUUGGUGAGCGUAAAGGGAUUAAUCGGUUUGGUGACUUCACAGCUCCUCUAGAUGAAGCGCUUAUACAUGUUUCCCUGGACUUGUCUGGUAGACCAUAUCUUGGUUACAACUUGGAGAUUCCAACCCAGAGAGUUGGAAACUAUGACACUCAGUUGGUGGAGCACUUUUUCCAGUCUUUGGUGAAUACUUCCGGUAUGACACUUCACAUCCGUCAGCUUGCUGGUGAAAACUCUCAUCACAUAAUAGAGGCCACCUUUAAGGCCUUUGCCAGGGCUCUACGACAAGCAACGGAGAAUGAUCCUCGCCGUGGUGGGACCAUACCAAGUUCAAAAGGAGUAUUGUCACGGUCCUGAGAGCUGAGCAAUCAGAAGGAAAACUCCCAGAUUCACUCUUUAUUAUCGAGUUCAUCAUGAGUUAGAAAGUAAAUUGGGUGAAGAUCACUCACUCUAUCAGAUGGCUUCAAAUCUCUAUAAUUAAUCUGUCGAUCAAAGAGUGUUUUGUAUCUCUACAUUCUGAAAAAUCUCUUACCAUUUCUGUAUCGAACUCAUAAACUUACUGCAACUUCAAAGAACCGACCAAUUUGCUUGAAAAGGAAAAUAUCUUGAAAUUA